AUGUCAGAAGAAGACUUCACAAGACUUUACAAGGGCAAACUAGCCAACGUCCUUGAUUUCAUCGCUCAGAGCGUUCAAGGAAGGGCUCGCGUGGCCGCGGCCAGAGGCGAGGUUCAAAGAGAACGCGAAGGCAUCGUCAGGAACCAUCAAACAAAUGAUCCUUUGCACGCUGCAGCUCGCCGGGCUGACUCUCGUCUGAAGAACGCUCGCAUCUCCCUGGAAGAGAUGCAGAAGUCUCAUAGUGAACAGAAAAAGAACAUUGAGAUGCUCGGUGAGAUCUCAAACCAUGUACCUAUACUCGAAACUCAUCUCAAAGCUGUAGAGCACGAGGAAUUGCGACUGCGAGCCAGUCUUGAGCAGAAGAUUCGCACGUCAUUGCUGUUGGACAUCUUGGAGCGCAAGGAAAAUAUUCGAUCCCAGAGAUUUUCGGAAAUAUCACAGCUUCUCACUGAUCUUCGCGAGAAAGAGAUGGCUGAAGAAACGGCCAGUGUCGCGAGUAGUAGUAUUUCGUUUGGACUCACAAAGGUUCCGAGGACCGAGAACACUUCGGAUGUGCUAUCCACACUUCAGUCGCAUGCGGUCCGUAUCUCCCAGCUAGAAAAAGCAUCUCGCCUCUCAAAGGGUCCAACAUCGAUGAUAGAAGCAGAGACACAAAUGCUGGAUGCAGUCGCACAUUCUCUCGAUUUGCCACCGGAUGAUCCAAGGGUUGAGGAUGCGUUGUGA